CGUUCUCAGACUCCAAUGGUCAUUCGGCAGCCUGCGUCCCCCCUCGAAGGACGCCAUCCUUCUAGCGACAAGGACGAUUCAGCAUUGGAUGGGACACGCGAAUUUCUCAAUCGCUUGUCCAUCAAACCAUGGUUCGGUCGAGGGAGUAGCCAUCAAGCAGCCAGAAGCGUUAGCUGGAGAGGCAGAGAGCGAGAAAGGAGAAGGAGUCCAGUACCGCCAAUCCACUGGCUCCCAGAUGAGCUGUUACUCAGUAUCCUGGCGAUGAAUGCCGUGGAAGAUCCAGAUUACGGAAUUCUCGCAAGCCACAUCGAUCAACGAGUGCGCAGUGUUGUUCUCAGUUAUCCCUUCUUGUGGACGAAUAUCCAGUUGGAAGGCCCUUUGUCACAAGCCAAAGCAAGGGCCUUUUUACAGCGCUCGCAAAACCUUCCGGUCGACAUUUAUCUGCGUUAUUUCUCCCAAAAAGACGCGGAUGUCCUAUUGUAUGUCGCGCAGAUCAACGAGUUCCGCAGGCUGUUCAAGGAGAUUGCUGCGGCUUCGAAUCGAUGGCGGACAUUGUCCUUCGAUAUACGUGAUUACGACAUCAUGACGUACGCUGCGCGGGCGAUUCCGCACCCACUGCCGUUGCUCGAGAAGAUCAUCCUCCGAUGUCGGACUGCACCGCAUACGCCAACCGAGGAACAUGUAUUCACCCUGUUCCCCGAAGGACAACCGCCCAAGCUGAAGCACAUCGAUUUCGAUGCCGUCAACGCAAGAUGGGAUCGUCCGUUUGUUCAAGGUCUUGAAACAAUGCGAAUAGUUCGAUCGGUCCAGUGCGUGCCAGAGACGGUUGAGCAGUUGUGUGCUAGCCUCCGCGUAUCUCCUGGGUUGAAACGUCUGCAGUUGGAGAGCUUGAACAGUGUCACGUCUGGUGACACGAUAAGACAUGUUCCACUGGAAGAACUGGACAUAUUGAUUUUCUGGAAAGUCAAUCCAGACGUGGUGGGUAGAAUGUUAGAGUACAUUCAGUGCCCAAACCUGCGCGUGCUCGAAAUCCAGUUGACAAGCUCGCGUCGGAACAUGCCAAUUAUCGAAGCGCUUGGAACAUCGAUGAUCCCAUUGACGAACCUGCACAUGCUGGGCUUGGGAGGAUGCGACUACCCGCCAGAUAUCAUAUACACGGUCUUGAGGAGGCUAUCCACAUUGAAGGCAAUCCGCGUCAUCGGAGGCUCGCUUCCACAUGCACUUCUCCAUGGAUUGUCUGGAAAGCUCGACUUCGACGGGACCGGUAAUAUGACAGAAUGGAUCUGUCCGCAGCUCGAGAGCCUCCAGAUCAAGAAUGCGACGAAUAUUACGGAUAACGACGUGUGCAAAACGGUCGCCAGAAGAUACAAAAACAGACAGACACAACGAAUCAGGAGUGUAUGGCUGGGUGGAUGUCCACACAUCACCGACGAGAUUGAGCGGAAGUUGGAGCACUACAAGACGAGUGUGCAGCUGGCGUAAGGGGAAUCGGAACGGAGAACAUGUAUUCAAACAGGCGAUUUCCGUUGAUCAUGUUGGCUUUGUCGCUCUUGUUAUCUGAACAUCAUGUACCCAUGUAGCACUAAU